AUGAAAACAGAGCUAAAGUUUGACUAUAUUUUAGUUGUUGAUACUGAAGGACUUCGUGCACCAGAACUGGCUGGAAGGUCAACAACACAUCGUGACAAUGAAAUGGCUACAUUUGUUGUUGGUCUUGGAAACAUUACCCUGAUCAAUAUAUUUGGAGAAAACCCAUCUGAGAUGCAGGACAUUCUUCAGAUUGUUGUCCAGGCUUUCCUGAGGAUGAAUAAAGUCAGACUGAAUCCAAGCUGCAUGUUUGUGCAUCAGAAUGUCUCAGAUAUUACUGCUGGAGAGAAAAACACGGAGGGAAGGAGACGACUACAGGAGAAACUGGAUGAUAUGACAAAACUUGCUGCUAGAGAAGAAGUCUGUGAUGCUGAGGGAUUCAGUGAUGUGAUUGCGUUUGAUAUCCAGAAUGAUGUGAAGUAUUUUGCUCAGCUCUGGGAGGGCAGCCCACCCAUGGCUCCACCAAACCCAAACUACUGCGAGAACAUUCUAGAACUGAAACAAACUAUUCUAAGACAUGCUUCAAAAUCAGACGGCAUUAUGCUGACACACCUAAGAGACCGUAUUAAAGAUCUCUGGGAGGCUUUGCUUAAUGAACAGUUUGUGUUCAGCUUCAAAAAUUCCCUGGAAAUCACAACAUACAAGAAACUAGAGACUGAAUACAGCAAGUGGACCUGGAGCCUUCGGAGUGCCAUGCUGGAAAUUGAAAACAAGCUUCACAACAGAAUAGAAAAUAAAGUAAUUAAUUCUGUUGAGGAAACUGAUCUUCAAAAAGAACUAAAUGCAAAAAGUGAAGAAGUGAAAAAGACGAUGUCUGAUUUCUUUGAGAAAGACAGAGAUGCAGGUAUACUGAAUCAGUGGAAAGCUUCAUUUGAGAUAAAAAUCAAACAUCUUCAAGAAAACAUUGUAAGGGAAACUAAGAGAAAAUUAAAUGAGGUUCUUCAGCAGCGUGAACUUAAGAAAAAGAUUGAUGCUCAGAGAAGACAACACGAAAACACUCUCUUUGAAAAGAGCAAAUACCUUGCCUUAGAAUUUAAAGACCAAGCAACUGAUGAAAAUCACAUGAAAGUAAAGUUUGAUUCCUUUUGGGAACAACAGACAGCUGCAAUCAUCAGCAACACUCCUAAGAUCCAAGAUAUUGACAUAUUAAGAGAUGUGAAGAAUCUCCUCAGUGAGACUUAUAAAAGUCUCCCUUUAGACCGUAUGAAAGAGAGCAGUCAGUUCAAAGAUAUGUUCUGUUUGACAAGUUAUUCAGAAUAUGUACAUUUGAAGAAAUCCAGAGGAAUUACCGGACCUCUCACAAAUAUGUGCAAAGUAUUUCAAGAGAAGGUUGGUUUUGCUUUAUCUGAAAAGGAUGAAGUUCAGAUAAGAGCCUUAAUCAUAGACAUCGCAGACCAAACAGAUAAAAUGAUUCAGUCAUAUAACAUCGCAAAGUUGGGCUACAACAUCAGCUGCAUUCAACAACUCCUGGAUUACAUAAAGACAAGGUUAACACAGCAUGAAGAUGGGCCAAAAGUAAAAUGCAUGUUCAAGAGAAAAUUCUUUGUGGAUCUGGUACUUUGCAUAUGCCAUAAAGCAAAAAAUACAUUCACAGAUCAAUACAAAAUGUUCAGGGAUGCCAAUGAUCCUGUUCUCUAUUUUGAGAGGAAAAGUGAAGAGUACUACAGAAUUUUCCAGAAAUACUGUGAAGGAGCAACAUCAACAGCUAUUUUUAGUGAAUUUGUUUGUAAUAAACUCAAAGAGUCCAUUCAGCAGAAUGUCUACAAAAAAACUGCUAGAGAUUUAGCAGAUGAAAUGAGGACAAACUGUGAAUCACUAAAUGGGAACCGAUCAAAUCUGGAGAAACACAUUCUGAGGACACUGGCAGAAAAACAGGACUUCAACGCAUACAUGACCUACAUUAAAAAUCCUAAAGAACACUUCAAGAAUUUUAUCAGAGGUGAAGUCAGUCAGUACAUCACUGAAAGAUUUGAAGAUAGUGUUCAACCCAAGAUGGAAAACAGCAUUAAACUGCUGGAGCAACAGAUCACAGAAGCAGCACAUGAAUCCAGCAAACAUGUCCAAACAGAUCUGGAAAAUCACUAUGAAAAAACCUUUGAGGGGAGCGGCAAGAUUCCAGAUGAAUGGAGAAAAUACUCACAAGAGGAAGCUAUUGAGAGUCUGGAUAAAACAAUUAUCAAAGACUCUGAUACAAAGACAAACCCAAGCCCACCUUUUCAAGCACAAAAGGUGAGGUGA